CUUUGCCUUGCCAGCCCGCUGCUGCUAUGGGUAUACCAGUCUUCAUACUCGCUGGUCUCCUUGUGCAUUGUGUGUUCUUGGCCUCCAUUUUUGACAUCUACUUCAGCUCUCCCCUGGUUCACGGUAUGACUCCUCAGCAGACUCCACUGCCACCUCCGGCAAAACGUCUUGUACUCUUUGUUGCUGAUGGUCUGCGGGCAGAUUCGCUGUAUGAAUUGAACAGCAAUAAUACGUCCCAAGCACCUUACCUGCGGAGUAUUCUAGAGAAUAAUGGCAGCUGGGGAAUCUCUCACACCCGGGUCCCAACAGAAUCCAGGCCGGGACACGUUGCACUUAUAGCUGGAUUUUAUGAAGAUGUCAGUGCAGUUGCUAAAGGAUGGAAGGAGAAUCCAGUGGAAUUUGACUCUGUUUUCAAUGAAAGUAAAUAUACUUGGAGCUGGGGAAGCCCAGACAUUUUGCCAAUGUUUGCAAAAGGUGCUACUGGAGAUCAUGUUUAUACAUUUUGCUACACGGCAGAAAGUGAAGACUUUGGAGCACAUGAUGCAGCCAAACUUGACUUGUGGGUUUUUGAUCAUGUUAAGAGCUUCUUUAAUUCUUCCAGAAGUAAUCAAACAUUGUUCUCUGCACUGAAUGAAGAGAAAGUGGUUCUGUUCCUGCAUUUGCUAGGCAUAGACACAAAUGGGCAUGCUCAUCGGCCAAACUCAAGGGAAUACAAGGAGAACAUUAAAAAAGUUGACGAGGGUGUAAAAGAAAUUGCUUCAAUGAUUGACAAUUUCUAUGGAAAUGAUGGAAAAACUGCAUUUAUUUUAACUUCUGACCAUGGAAUGACAGAUUGGGGAUCUCAUGGAGCUGGUCAUCCCUCAGAAACUUUAACACCACUGAUUGUUUGGGGUGCUGGGGUGAAUUAUCCACAGAAAGUCAAAUCCCAGUUCUUUGAAGACAAUUUUUUGAAAGAAUGGAAACUGGAGGACUUGAAGAGGCUGGAUGUCAAUCAGGCUGAUAUUGCACCGCUGAUGGCUUCCCUUAUCGGUGUGCCUUUCCCCCUGAAUUCUGUGGGAACUCUGCCUCUUGAAUAUCUGAACAAUAGUGCUCAUUUCAAAGCAGAGAGCAUAUUUACCAAUGCUGUUCAGAUUCUCGAGCAAUUUAAGGUUAAGAUGAGUCAGAAAAAGGAAACUACAUUGUCAUUUCUGUUCACACCAUUCAAGUAAGUGCCU